AUGAAUGGUGAUGCGAGAAGUGUGUGGGAGUGGACAGUCCGCAGUACGUGUGAAAAUGUGCCGCUGAGUGUGUGCGGUCGUCACCCGAUGGACGCGCACGAGAACGUGCGGAUCCUGCCCAAGUUUCACGAAGGCCAGGAAGUGCUGUGCAGGGACAUAAACUCGUCUCUGUUGUACGAUGUUCGCGUGCUGCUCGGCAAGUACCGACGCGGCCGUUUCGAGUACUACAUUCACUACAAGUACUACAUUCACUACAAGUACUGGAAGAAGUCGUGA